AUGAACUUCUGGUACUACAUGCAUGGACCUCAUGUGGAUGAUCUUACCAUCUCAAAGGCUAUUGGCAGUACUGAGACUGUCCUGUGGAAACAUACGGGAACUUUUGGACCUCAGUGGAACUAUGGACAAAUCCACAUUGUUGAGCCUAGCAUCUUCUCUUUGGUUGUUGAAGCCAGACGUGGAGCCAGCUGGCAGGGUGACAUAUCAGUGGAUGAUUUCUGGUUUAACUCAGGCAACUGCCCACCGACUGAACGAUGUGACUUUGAGAAUGGCUUGUGUGGCUUUACACAAGAUUCCACCGAUGAUUUUGAUUGGACGCUCCAAUCAGGAGGUACUCCAAGUCAGGGAACAGGGCCUGCAAAUGAUCACACCUACUCUACCAAAUAUGGUCAUUAUAUGUAUACUGAAAUGUCAUCUCCACGCCAAAAUCAGGACAAGGCUCGUUUUGUCAGCUCAGUUUACCCGGCAACCAACGGCAAGUGUCUCCAGUUCUGGUACCAUAUGUAUGGUCAAGAUGUGGGAACCAUCAACGUCUACAAGAAAGUAUCGGGAACUUAUACUCUCCUCUGGUCUGACGGCUGGACGGGUAUCGAUGAAUGGCAUGUAGUAGAGGUAACCGUUGUGAGUAGCAAUAACUAUCAAAUUGUAUUUGAGGGAGUUUGUGGUAGAAGCUGGCAAGGCGACAUAGCUAUCGAUGACAUUGUCAAAUCAGAUGGCGCGUGUCUACCGUUCGGAGACUGCAACUUUGAGACGGGAAGUCUAUGCACAUGGAAGAACGCUGAAGGGAAGUAUGAUGAUUUUGACUGGGAAAGGAUGCAUGGAUCAACACUAUCAGGAAGCACAGGACCAGCCUUGGAUCAUACCCUGGGCUCAGCUUAUGGUACCUACUUGUAUGCUGAAGCCUCUUCUCCACGAGUACAGGGUGACAAUGCUUGGUUGAUAUCCGGCAUCUACCGAAGUGACAAGUCUCGAUGCAUUGAGUUUUGGUACCACAUGUAUGGAGAGCAGAUGGGUAAACUUCGUAUUCGUCAAUGGCCGUUGUACGACUCAUACACCAUCGUCUGGUCAACGGAAGGCAACAAGGGUGAUGUCUGGCGACUAGGUCAAGCUACUCUUCCAACAACAUCUGGAGAUUAUGAAGUUCUCUUUGAGGUCAUCAUUGGAUCUGGUUACUUGGGAGAUGCAGCAAUUGAUGAUAUUGUCUUCUAUGAUGGAGCUUGUGCAGAUCCACCAUCUGCUUGUGACUUUGUUUGCAAUGAUGGAACUGACUUGUGUAUCCCUAGCUACCAGGUAUGUGAUUUUGUCAACGACUGCGGCAACAGUGCUGAUGAAGUGGAUUGUGGUCAUAUAUGUACGUUUGAAGUGGACCAGUGCAACUGGGGUCAGAGCAGUGACAGUGAAUUCUACUGGCAGAGAUACAGAGGUGCUACACCAACAGAGAACACAGGCCCAGCUUACGAUCACACUUUGCUAACUGCUUCAGGCUGGUACCUGUACGUAGCUGCUGGAAAUGGUGCGAGCUCUGCCUACGCCUCCUUGUAUGCCCCAGAAUACCACAACUCAGCUGCCAGCUGUCAAGCCCAGUUCUGGUAUCACAUGAAAGGCGACCCCAUCGGUACCCUACGCGUCUACUUGGAUGAACAAUACUAUCUUCUAGUUCCAUGGCAGAUUAGCGGUGAUCAAGGUGAUAGGUGGAACCUAGCCUCUGCCCCACUUGGAAGAAUAACAGGAACAUUCAGGGUUUGGAUCCAAGCUGAGAGGAGCUUUGAUACCCUAGGUGAUAUAGCCAUUGAUGAUAUAUCAUUUUCUAGAUGUGCACUUCCAGCCGUUGGUGAUGGAACUUGUUCAAGCAAUCAAUUCCUCUGUACUAGGCAGGCUUGUAUUGAUGACACUCAUGUAUGCGAUUUCUCAGAUGACUGCGGUGACUAUUCUGAUGAGGCUUCAAGUCUCUGUACCAAUUAUGACAGAUGUAACUUUGAGCGUGGUUUCUGUGAUUGGACACAACUGAAAACCGAUGAAUUUGAUUGGUCAAGAACUAGGGGUGUUUCAGAUGAUGGCCUCGCCACUGGACCACUCAGAGAUCACACAGUUGGAACAUCAUCUGGUUUUUACCUUUACACCGAUGCCAGCUCUCCAAGGGUCAAAGGUGACAGAGCCAAACUUGCCAGUCCUAUCUACAAGAGAGUACAAAAUCCUGGAAAUUGCCAU